AUGGCUUCCGAUCUCGAAAAGAGGGCCAAGGAGGCGUUCAUCGACGACCACUUCGAGUUGGCCGUUGACCUCUACACCCAGGCCAUCGCUCUCAACCCUCAAAACGCCGAGCUUUACUCAGACCGUGCCCAGGCCAACAUCAAAUCCAAUAAUCUCACUGAGGCUGUUUCGGAUGCAAACAAGGCAAUUGAGUUGGACUCAUCAUUGUCUAAAGCGUACCUGCGCAAAGGAGUUGCCUGCAUCAAUCUUGAGGAAUAUCAGACUGCAAAGGCAGCCCUGGAAAUUGGUGUUUCUUUGGCGCCAGAAGAGACCAGAUUUGUCAAAUUGAUAAAAGAUUGUGAUGAGAAAAUUGCAGAGGAAACCGGUGUUUUACCGGACCUUUUAUUGGAAAAACCCAGUACAGAGGAUGUUAUCUCUACAAAAGAUGUUGAGCCUGUGAGUGAUCCUUCCAAUCAGUUGACUGUAGCAUUUGUCAAACCAAAAUACAGGCAUGAAUUCUACCAGAAGCCAGACGAAGUGGUGGUGACUAUAUUUGCCAAGGGCAUACCAGCCAAAGAUGUUCAUAUUGACUUUGGUGAACAAAUACUAAGUGUUAGCAUUGAUGUUGCUGGUGAGGAUACAUAUCAUUUUCAGCCUCGCUUAUUCGGAAAGAUAAUACCUAAAAAGUGUAGAUAUGAAGUUUUGUCCACCAAAGUUGAAAUUCGCCUGGCAAAAGCUGAUCCAUUACACUGGACAUCUCUUGAAUUCAGCAAGGAUAACUCUGUUGUGCCAAGGGUUAGUGCGCCAGUUAUUGGAGAGCAAAGGCCAUCUUACCCAUCCUCAAAACCAAAACGGGUAGACUGGGAUAAGCUUGAAGCCGAAGUGAAGAAGGAGGAAAAAGAAGAGAAGCUUGAUGGUGAUGCGGCUUUGAACAAAUUUUUCCAGGACAUAUAUAAGGAUGCUGAUGAGGACACUAGAAGGGCCAUGAGAAAAUCUUUUGUGGAGUCGAAUGGGACAGUGCUUUCGACAAACUGGAAAGAAGUGGGACACAAGAAGGUUGAGGGAAGUGCUCCAGAUGGCAUGGAGAUGAAGAAAUGGGAGUACUGA